GUACUUAUCUCAGCAGGAUGGUACCGGGCAUCAUGGCGUUGAACUAUGGUUGUCAAGAACUGUGCCAUUUGCAUGGAAAGGUUGCAAUUUCCUGUGCCUACCUGCUUGGCAAUGCUAUGGGAUCCAGGUCCAACGAGACUUACGACCGCUUCAGUCUUCCCCGCCCUGAGGUUGGGCAGGAGUACUGCCUGCAGGCACUCAUCGAGUGUAGUAGUGGCAGCAAAGCGGAGGUUCUCGAUAAGCUUGGAAGGGGAAGGGGCCUGGAGGAGGACUGA